AUGUCAUCGGAAAGGCGCUCGGAGAUGAACCGGAGGAAAAAUGUGGCGCAGAGAAGAACCACGAACGGUCGAGCCUGUGUCCACUGCCACUACCGCAAGGUCCGCUGCGAUGUCGUCGACAAGGGCUCCCCCUGCAGCAAUUGCCGUGUCCAUGGGCAGCCCAACUGCCAGGUUUACCAAAAGUCCAAGACGAGAUCGGCGCGUGCUCGCGGUGCCCACGUCGUCGCCAUAGCGCCCAAAGACCCGGAAGCAGCAGAAGCAGCAGCAGCAGCAGCAGCAGCAGCAGCAGGCACAUCAUCAGCACAAGACGAGGAACAUGAGCCCGGCAACCUGGCCGACCUCAUCUACCGGCAGGACCUGCGCGACGCCGAGCUCGGGCAGCUCGGGCGCAUGUGCUUCAUCGGCAGCGACGUGUCCAACUUUGGCUACCUGGUGCGGCAGGUCGCGCAGCCGCAGCGACGCGACGCCUUUCACUUUGGCAGCCGCCAGUUUGCGCGGCGCCACACGGCGCACGAGCUGCAGCGCGUGCCGCCCGAGGCCCUGACGCGGUGCGCCGCGCCGCUCGAGCGCCGCCUGCUGCGCGCCUACUUUGACCGCGUGAACCCGGGAUGGCCGAUUGUGGACGAGGAGCACUUUAUGGCGCAGUACCGCGGCGGCGACCCGAGGAACCCGCUCAUGCUGCCGCUGCUGAAUGCGAUGCUGCUGGUGGGCGUGCAUGUGCUGCGCGCGCGGGGGGAAGAGGCAGUGGAAGGAGAAGGAGGAGGAGGAGAGCAGCUGGCGCAGCUGCAGAAGACGUUUUUUCGACGCGCAAAGACGUUGAUUGAUUGCAGGUUUGAGCAGGAUCGAACCAUGUAUGUGCAGGUCGCGCUGCUGAUGACGUGGUACUCGGACGGGCACGAGGAGAUUGUGGCGAAUGCGUGGCACUGGAUUGGUUUUGCGAUACGCAUCGCCAUCGGCCACGGCAUGCAUCGCGACGCGACGCACUCCAAGAUGCUGCCUGUGCACCGGCGGCUGUGGACGAGGCUCUGGUGGAUUCUUUUCCAGUUUGACACGGCCGUGUCUGCUGCGUACGGCCGACCACAAAUACUCAACCUCGACGAGUCCGACGUUCCCGAGCUCGAGCCCGCGCACUUUCAAGGCGUCCCCAACGCCCAAGUCGACUUUGCCAUGCAGCACGCCAAGCUCUGCGCCAUCUUCGCCUCGGCCAUGCGAUCCCGCUGGGCGCUCCGCUCCUCCACGCACGACCGCGUCGCCGCGUCGCGCCGCGCCGACGACGCCCUCGCCGCCUUUCUCGUGCAGCUGCCCCCCGCGCUCAAGCCGUCCGCCGCCACGCGGGGGCUCGCCGCGCCGUCGUGGAGUGCAACGCUGCACCUGACGUACAACAACUUUGUGCUGCUGCUGCACCGGCCGCCGCCUGUGGCCGGCACCGACGCCGUGUCGGCUGCGUGCGCGGACCCGGCUCUUUGCGCCGGUGCUACGGCCUCCAUGGCCGCGAUCCUCGAGGCGCUGUGCUGCGACGACGGCGACGGUGCCGGCGGUGGCGGCGGUGGUGGUGACGACGCGCUUUGGCUGUACGGCGUCCACGCUGCCUUUACCGCGCUCAUCUACGUCUCGAAUGAGCUGGUCGCACCGAACGCCAUGGUCGCCGCGAGGGCGCGCGGUCUCUUUGAUACCCUAAUGGACGCGCUCAGACGGCUCGCGCGGUACUGGCAGUUUGCCGAAAGCUUGCUGCGGCUGUUUCGGCAGAAAGAGGCGUCGCUGUUAAAAGAUGGCGGGGCGACGGCGACGGUGGCGGCGGCGGCGGCAGCGGGAGAACCGCGACUAAGCGCGGCGGAGGGCUUCUCGCUGCGGCCGGCGCCGUUGGCACAGAUGCCCUGGGAGGACGCAAUGGGUGGCGGCGGGCAUGCGGCGCCGCAACGGUUCGAGAACGAAUAUCCGGCGGCGAGUGGAUUGGCGGGGGAGGCCACGCAGCAGCAGCAGCAGCAGCAGCAUGGUGGGGAGUUGCACGUGGACGAGUUGAUGGUGGAGGGAUAUCCAGACUCAUUUGCGCUGGAGUUGUUUCUUGCUGGAAUGGACGGGAGCACGCAGGACUGUGUGUGA